UCUCGAGGUUAACAUUUACAUAAACCAUCGAACCAUGCAGAGUCCUCAUUAGAAUACAAAGUAUUCAGGGUGCGCCUSUAUUUGAUCAGACUCUGAUUUAUGCUAUAGUAUUUCCAAACACAACUAUCGUGUCUGCUUUUCUGUUACAAAGACAUCCAGUCAAAAUGGAACAUGAUGACGUAGAAUUACAUUAUAGAAAGACCAAAAAGAAGCGAAGAUGUCGCUGCAUUGCCGCAAUCCUUGUGCUGGUGGUCCUACUUGUCAUUGGUAUUGUUAUUGGAUAUUUCAUCGGCAAGACGCAAAAGGCAGAUUCAGGACAGAAAUCUGAACAUCAUGUGGCCAAUUCGGAAGCAACSAGGAAAGAACAUCAGAAAAAUCUACGAGAUUCAAUGGAUGCCGAGAAAAUGGAUCAAACAGCGAGGUUCUUUUCAAAGCGUCCUCACAUAGCAGGAAGCAAACGUCAGAAAGAAUUGGCAGAAGAGUUGGUUAAACGAUGGCGUGAAUAUGGAUUCAACAAAGUUGAGAUGAGAGAGUACAAAGUAUUGCUGUCAUUUCCACAAAUUGGAAAACGGAACAUUGUUUCGCUGAAAUAUAAAAAUGGAACAGUAGCAUUUCAAACUACUGGGAAGCCGAAGAUCGCUGAAAAGAGCGAAAAUGAUACAGAUGUGGUGCCACCAUUGCUGGGCUACUCCCCUAGUGGRACGGUUGAGGGUGACCUGGUGUACGUGAACUACGGCCGUAUCGAAGACUUUCAAUACCUUGUGAACAAGCUGAACGUGUCAGUGACUGGAAAGAUUGUCAUUGUUAGAUAUGGGAAGAUCUUCAGAGGAGACAAGGUGCACAACGCGGCAACAUACGGAGCAAUUGGUGCCAUUAUCUACUCUGACCCGCAAGACUAUGCUCCUUUGGGUCCCGACAAAACUUUCCCUAAAACACCAUUCCUUCCUUCUACUGGUGUGCAGAGAGGAUCCAUUUACACCGCUCAUGGUGUGGGCGAUCCUCUAACCCCAGGACGUCCUGCUAUACCAGGUAUAUACCGCAGAGCCAUUAACGAGAGUGAGCUGCCUAGUAUCCCUGCACACCCGAUGUCAUAUGGAGAUGCAAUUCAUUUUCUAUCGAAGCUUCAAGGUGAUACAGUGCCAGAAGACUGGAAAGGUUCUCUUAACAUCACCUAUCGACUCGGGCCAGGAUUCGCUCAAGGAAUGAAAGUUAAAUUAGAAGUUCACAACAAUUACACCUUAUCCUCCAUUUACAAUGUCAUCGGUACUAUAUAUGGAAAAGAAGAACCUGACCGCUAUGUCUUGAUGGGAAAUCAUAGAGACUCAUGGAUAUUUGGCGGAGUUGAUGCCGUCAGUGGUACUACGGCGACCACAGAAAUCGCGCGUGGACUGGGUGGGCUACUGAAAAAAGACUGGCGUCCUCGUAGAACCAUCAUCAUGUGUAGYUGGGGAGGAGAGGAAUACUCUUUGAUUGGCUCAGUAGAAUUUGUCGAGGAGCACGUAAAAGACCUUGCCCUUAAAGCCAUCACUUAUAUCAACWUAGAURGUGCUGUUUCAGGAAACUGGGUCUUGCGCGUUGCCGGAAGUCCAUUGCUYAAAGAUGCCGUGACGUCAGAGGAGAAAAUCGUGGCUGACCCUAAUGCGCAUGACGAUAAGCAAACACUUUAUGAUAUAAUGGCUGAGAGAAAUCCAUCACCAGACAAAAAAGCUAAAUACAGUCUUAUUGGAUCUGGAAGUGAUUUUGCUCAUUUUUAUCACUAURUUGGUGUUCCAGUGAUUGACUUGGGAUACUCUUUCGGUUUUAACAAUAAAACAUUUGGGUAUCCAGUCUACCAUACCCAACAUGACACAUAUUACUGGGUGAAAACAUUUGUCGAUCCUGAAUUUCUGUUUCAUAAAGCUGUAGCACAACUUGGCGGUUCUCUGUUGAUUGAAGUAGCAGAUGCUCGACUCUUACCAUUCAAUCUACUGGAAUAUACUACCAAGUUAAACAGCUCCUUCUAUUCUCUGAAAGAUAACCAACACCUCAAGAAACAAAGCAUAUCCCUCAAACACCUUGAAGAAGCAAUAAAUAACUUCAUGAAAGCCGCUGAUCAUUUUGGCAASAUGUUGGAUGAAUCCAGGAAAAAGCAGGAUGUAAUGAGUUUUGCUGAGUUACGACGAAUCAAUGACCAACUUGUCCAGGUAGAAAAGUCAUUCAUCCAUCCUGAUGGUCUUUAUGGCAGACGACUCGUCAAGCAUGUUCUUUUUGCKCCUGAAAUGCACAAUUCGUAUGGAGUUUCCAGUCUUCCUGGCAUCAAUGACGCCAUUUUUGAUGCCCAGAAUAACGGAAAAUGGAUCGAAGUUGAGAAACAAAUCUCUGUUGUUGUUGAGUGUCUAAAUGCUGCUGUAGAGGCCAUUCAACCCAUUGGGAUUUAAUAUAAGGUUUAUAUUUUUUCCUUUUUUAUAAUGAUUUACACGUCCGUUAUUGCCUUAUUUUUCUAGAAGAGUGAAAUUUUAUUACAUUGACUGACAGCUAACGCUUUCACUGGUAUAAUGAAAUCACUUUAUAAGGUUUUCUUUUGUGAUACCAAGCCCAACAAGCGCUAUUGAAGAUAUGGUUCUAUGGCGCUGAUAUGGUAUCUCAAGAUAUAAUACAAAGUGUUAUGGAUGUAAAUCCAUACACAUUCAAWAUAAUUCUUUCGAGUGGUUUUACUUGAUGUUCAUGAUCAUACUUGUCAUAUUCGUUUGCUGUUGACGUGAUUAGAAAAGAUAAUGUCUGAUUUUCUAAUUGUGGUCCAUCAUUUGUURUAUUGAAUACAAAGCUAUUGUUCAUCAUUCUGCCUCGCGUUUUAACGCUAUUAUAUUUUGUCAUAAAUAAAAAGAAAUUAAUGGAGAACUAUGA